GAAGCCACAGCCAUGGUGUUACAUAAAAUCUAAAAGGAAGCUAGAGGUGUGUCCUGUCUUGCCAUGCAGUGAUGACAAAUCGUUACAAACAAAUUGUUCAUCUGGAUCUCAAACUGAAAUGAAUGGGUAUGUUUUGUCUCCAAGUGGAGAUGCUGAUAAUUUGGCAGGCUAUAUAUAUAGCAUUACAAGUCCUGUUUAUCAGAAGAUGCACUCCAAAUGUUUGGUGUUUCAGUACAGAACAAGUGUUCCAACCAGACGUACUCGAUUAGUUUUAACUGCUCGAAUUGUGUCACUUGGUGGACAAGGCAACAUCAUUAAACGCAGUUUUAACAAUGCAAGACGUUAUCAAUGGCAUAAGGCAAUCAUGAAAAUUGAAGACAAUGUACUGUUCUACAUUCAGCUGAUUGUUCAAUCAAGACGAAAGAUGUUUUCUGGGGAAGUUGCCAUCGAUAACAUUCACAUGGUUUCUUGUGUGCAAGACAUUCCCAAAGACGUUUGUUGGAACAAGAGAGGCUACAAGAUGUGUCCAACUACGUUUGGAGGCCCAGGACAAUGGAUAGACAAGCAGUUCACAAAGACUAUUACAACUCUACGGCCACUUCCACCAAUGUCGUUUGAUGUGAUUGGGUGCCGAAAACCCACUUCCAUGUUGAGUUUGCCUUUUCACCCACUUGACUACUAUGAUGGGCUUUUCUAUCGAUGGCCUCUAGAGCGAGGCAGUGCUCCGUAUUACUGUUCAGUUGCAGCCCGAACUCUUGGUUACCCAGUCUUUAUUGUUGGAUCUGACAAUCGCUGCUAUGCAUCUAAUAGUAUCGAGUCUGUAUUUGCUGCAACAAGAGAUGUUCCUUGUCCAGAUAACAAGUACUUGUCAUUUUGGGUUUAUCGUCCUUACCGGUGGCCUGAAAGUUACAACAACAGUUUCUUUAUGGUUUAUCAAUUUGUGCAUCAAUGGAAGGUCACUUACAACACUAUUCGUUAUCAAACAGUUUACUACAAGAGUUUCUUGUGGAAUGGCAAUCUCUGCAACACUGAUGUGAACCGUCCAUACAUUUCAUUCACACUCUGGCGUAAAGGCAUUCAAGCAGAACACUGUGUUUCGUUUGACUACGAGACAUCUUACUACCAACCAUAUGCUGAGAUAAUUAUUAUGUCUGAUAAUGAGAAGAAACGAGUCAAACGAUAUACGGCAUGGAAAGCACCUCCAAUGAGUAAAGGUUGGAGAUCUGCUGCCAUUGCUCUGCCUGUGAAGAGAAGAGACAUUGUGGCUUUGGAAAUUCGAAUUGUGUUACGCUCUAAGCUCUCACUUAGAGAAUACACCAAUAUUGCAAACCUUACUGUUAUUCCAUGUUCUAGAGAUCCCAGUUGUACGUUUGACACUUCAACGUGUGGCUGGGAACGAGUUGAGCAAGUCUCUUCUUGCAAAGUGACAUCCUGGCAACAAUCAACAGGCUAUCAGUCAUCUUAUGCUCUGCAGAGAGGUUACUACCCCUUUAACGCAACAUCAGAUUCCGACAGUACAUUUGGGUAUUUGACUCAUUAUUUUCGGUAUUUGAGGGCUAGUAAUUGCUAUCGAUAUGAGAAGUGGUUUUCAAGAUUAAGGAGUCGUCCUGUUCCUUACAAACAAUAUCAGUGCUUUAGAUUUCACUACAGUUUAGAAACUCUGAGUGCAGAUAUGAUGUGGAGUUAUGUUGUGCGAUCAUUAGUGAAUGGAUUAAUUCAAACGGAAUUCUAUUUAAAGCCUUCGAUGGGAAAUGACGAAUCUGUAGCAAACUGGGCUAUUGGUAUGCUCUCUCUGCCUCAAUCAUAUGAAGGACUACUCGAGAUUGAGUUUACAAUGUGUGAUGACUGUAUGAUUGCUCUUGAUGACUUUGUCUUUUCUCGAAGUCCUUGUACAGAGGUUAGUGGAGGCUGUUCUGCACACAAGCUCCAUUGCUCACAAUAUUGUGUUGAUGGUGUGAAUGGCCCAUUCUGUGCCUGCAGUCCACGAUACUAUCUUGGCUCUGAUGGAACUACUUGCUUGCCAAAGUGCAUGACAUCGUGUGCUAAUGAUGGUUCUUGCAUUUCACCUGAUGUGUGUCAAUGUCGUCCUGGCUUCACUGACUUCGAUUGUCGUGUUGAUUGUGGCAAUCCAAUUAUAAGUGACAAAAGUGGUUCUAUUAUAACCCCAACUAUACGUAACCAUGAUGGUCGUCAGCUUCCGUACUGGGUUAACUGCCACUGGGAGAUACAAUCUCCUGUUUCUAUUGGGAACCAUUUGCAAAUUACGGUUAGAUCGGAUCCAGAAUUUCGAUACUGUGAGGAUGCAGUGGUGACACUCCAAACUGAUGAAGUUAAUGAAACAGUCAAUGCCACAGAUGCAGCAGAUACAGCAGUCACCUUCUAUUUAUCAACCGAAAAUGUGUUUGUUUCAUUCUCACAUUACAGUCGUAACAAUUCUUGUGAUGGUGCUGGAGUCAACAUUACUUACGAAGUUAUUGAGUCCAGGUGUAUGGACAUUUGCUCUUCUGUUGCAACACUAGAUGACAGAUGCUGUGGAGGCUAUGUGAUGGUGAUUCCUGGUGUACUGCGCCAAGGUGAUGAGGUGACAAUCAACAUGCUUCUACAAGGUGUAGAAACACCUCUAAGUUUGACUGUAAGCCUUUGGAACGUUUUUGGAGACCUUGAGUUUACAUCAAACUAUACACCUAGACGUAAAGCAUAUGGUAACAUGAAGUUGGAAUAUUUUACUUUGGAGGUGUUGUUGAUACAAUUUUUACUUUUGCAGAAGGGAAGAUGUGUUAUAUUGCUGUUGAUCAUGUUGAUAGGUGCCUGA